AUGCUUUACGGCGCACCAGGGGACGCUCUCAUUCCCUCUCACCCACUCUCAUACGCUCUCAUUCCCUCUCACCCACUCUCAUACGCUCUCAUUCCCUCUCACCUACUCUCAUACGCUCUCAUUCCCUCUCACCCACUCCCAUACGCUCUCAUUCCCUCUCACCCACUCUCAUACGCUCUCAUUCCCUCUCACGCACUCUCAUACGCUCUCACUUCCUCUCACCCACUCUCAUGCCCUCUCAUUCCCUCUCACCCAAUCUCAUACGCUCUCAUUCCCUCUCACCCACUCUCAUACGCUCUUAUUCCCUCUUGCCCACUCUCAUACGCUCUCAUUCCCUCUCACCCACUCUCAUACGCUCUCAUUCCCUCUCACCCACUCUCAUACGCUCUCAUUCCCUUUCACCCACUCUCAUACGCUCUCAUUCCCUCUCACCCAAUCUCAUACGCUCUCAUUCCAUCUCACCCACUCUUCUACGCUCUCAUUCCCUCUCACCCACUCUCAUACGCUCUCAUUCCCUCUCACCCACUCUCAUACGCUCUCAAUCCCUCUCACACACUCUCAUACGCUCUCAUUCCCUCUCACCCACACUCAUACACACUCAUUCCCUCUCACCCACUCUCAUACCCUCUCAUUCCCUCUCAUCCACUCUCUUACGCUCUCAUUCCCUCUCACCCACUCUCAUACGCCCUCAUUCCCUCCCACCCACACUCAUACGCUCUCAUUCCCUCUCACCCACUCUCAUACCCUCUCAUUCCCACUCACCCACUUUCUUACGCUCUCAUUCCCUCUCACCCACUCCCAUACCCUCUCAUUCCCUCUCACCCACUCUCUUACGCUCUCAUUCCCUCUCACCCACUCUCUUACACUCUCAUUCCCUCAAACCCACUCUCAUACGCUCUCAUUCCCUCUCACCCACUCUCAUACGCUCUCAUUCCCUCUCGCCCACUCUCAUACGCUCUCAAUUCCUCUCACCCACUCUCAUACCCUUUCAUUCCCUCUCACCCACGCUCAUACGCUCUCAUUCCCUCUCACCCACUCUCAUACGCUCUUAUUCCCUCUCACCCACUCUCAUACGCUCUCAUUCCCUCUCACCCACUCUCAUACGCUCUCAUUCCCUCUCACCCACUCUCAUACGCUCUCAUUCCCUCUCACCCACUCUCAUACGCUCUCAUUCCAUCUCACCCACUCUUCUACGCUCUCAUUCCCUCUCACCCACUCUCAUACGCUCUCAUUCCCUCUCACCCACUCUCAUACGCUCUCAUUCCCUCUCACACACUCUCAUACGCUCUCAUUCCCUCUCACCCACACUCAUACACACUCAUUCCCUCUCACCCACUCUCAUACCCUCUCAUUCCCUCUCAUCCACUCUCUUACGCUCUCAUUCCCUCUCACCCACUCUCAUACGCUCUCAUUCCCUCCCACCCACACUCAUACGCUUUCAUUCCCUCUCACCCACUCUCAUACCCUCUCAUUCCCACUCACCCACUUUCUUACGCUCUCAUUCCCUCUCAUUCCCUCUCAUACCCUCUGAUUCCCUCUCACCCACUCUCUUACGCUCUCAUUCCCUCUCACCCACUCUCAUACACUCUCAUUCCCUCAAACCCACUCUCAUACGCUCUCAUUCCCUCUCACCCACUCUCAUACGCUCUCAUUCCCUCUCGCCCACUCUUAUACGCUCUCAUUCCCUCUUACCCACUCUCAUACGCUCUCACUUCCUCUCACCCACUCACAUAA